AUGUCUUUCUCUUCUCUUCCACUGUCAUCUCUACUGCUUUCCCUCUGGUUCUUUCUUAUAGACCAAUGCCUACAGUGGAUGACACCUCCUCAGAAUAUGCUAGAGAUUGAGAUACAGCAACUUGGACCACCAUUUUCUUGCACAAAGCUGAGAGAAUUUGAUUUAACCUCCUCUUUCCCUUCUCCACCGAGCACUGAACGAUUGAGCGAGCCUGGAGCCUUAACAACCGAGCCAAAUACAUCUGGUAUCGACAUACAUCCCAAAUUUCCCCUAUGCUCAGCCAUUCCGCAAGCAACUCGUGACCUCGCAGAAUCGUCUACGUCAACAACGACGUAUACUGCGACGUCUGCUCUCCUCAACAAGACUCUCGACCCAGACACUUACCUUCGUGGUAUUAGUGAUGAGGCUGACCGACGCGCCCUAAAAACCCGGACCAAAGAGGCAAAAGAAAUUGCAUUCAAUGCAAAUGCAAGCUCGUCCAAAAGUGGCCGGAAAGGAAAGGGAAAGAAGUCCAAUGUGGAGUAUUGCUGGGCGAAAGGAGGAGGAGGAGAAGGACAAGGCCCAAAACAGAAGGGCAAAGGAAAGGCUACUGCAAAUACUGCUGCAGAUAGCGAUGAUGACAGCAUUUGGACAUCCACGUACGGUUCAGAAUCAGAGGAGGACGACUCGAAAUGGUUCGAAAUGGCGGAACAAAAUAUUGCUGAAUACUUGGCCGCCGAGUAUUCGAGAGGGGAGGAGAAUAGUCGCUUGGAAGGACCAAAAGUCGAACAUGCGGACGAGGAAAUUGCUUGGCUAACAGACGAUGGAGAAAUCAGUCUGGAUGAGAUAGAAAGCAGCAAAUCCGAUGCAGAAAUGGACGACUCACUUCCUAAUUGUUCCCCCCACAAAAUCGACACUGAAAGCGACUAUGAUUCGAUGCCAGACUUGGAUUUCAACGGCAUCCGUGAAGUAGACGGCGAGCGAAGAUGA